AUGGGGACCACAGGUGAUGGUCAGGUCACGGUGAGCCGGCAGCCCCCUCUGCCUGGCCCACCCGGAGCUGUUUGCUUUGGCGGUUACCGGGGAGAGGGGUCGCCAGUGUCUGAGGACAGAUGCUGGACAGAGACUCGAGACUCGAGACCCCAGCCCCCUUCCUCCCCUGCCAAGACCACACUCUGUAGGGAAGUCCAGCCCCGCCCCCGCCAAGGCCAGUCGGUGCGGGAAGGGAGAGCCUACCCCCGCAGCAGCUGGGGAGGCCCCGGGGGGGGGGCAGCUCCCCACCAGCCUCCGCGCCUCCAUCCUCCAAGGCACCCGAAGACCCGGGGAGGAGGAGAGUCCCGGGACCCCGCCCGCCCUAGGCCCGCCUUACCUGUUACCUGGCGCCAGGUGGGCCGGGGCUGGGCGCUGCGCUGCACUCCGCUCGGCGCGGCUCAUGGGCACCGACUGCCCACCGCCAGCCCGCCCGGCAGCUCGGGCGCCGCCGCCGCAGCCGCUGCAAGGUCGCACGGAGGGAGGCGGGGCCGCCCCGGGCUGACCCUGUCCAUUCCAGAGGCCCCUCCUACCAGUGACUCACCCUGCCCGAGGGCCCGCCCAGGCCGGACUGUCCACCGACCUUCUCCCUUCCUCCGCCAGAGGCUAGGCCCCGCCUCCCGCCGCUCCUCCCCCCACCGUGACCUAGGCGUCACCCCCAGCGGCCUAGUCUGGGCCUGGGACACGCCCCUAAGCCGGCCACCAAGGCUCUGCCCCCACCCACAUGACCUGCCCCAUCACUUGGCCCUUCCUACCCCCAUCCGCUGGACUCGUCCUGAGGCCCCGCCUCUAGAUGAUAGACCCUGCCCCCCCCCCCCCCACGACCUCUAUGGCUCCGCCCCCCGGGGGGGGUGCUCGAGUCCGCGCUCCAGAGCCUAUCCAGUCCCGCGACCCCAUCCAGAGGUUGACCCUGCCCCCGUCUACGCCCCCAGCCAUCUUGCCCCACCCACACUCCAGGAUACGCCUCCAAUCGAUUAG